AUGGUUUCGGAAGUAUCUGAGGAGAUUUCGGAGAUGGGUUUAGGAGCUAAGGAGGAGAAAACAGAGAAGAUGAAGAAGAAAGCUCGUGGGUCUGGUUUGAAGUUGACGAUAAAGGAGAAGAAGGAAUUAGCUUCUUAUGCUCAUAGUUUGGGUGAUAAAUUGAAAUGUCAACUCGUAGGCAAAUCUGGUGUUACUGAUUCAGUGGUUUUCUCUUUCCUUGAGACUCUCGAGAAGAACGAGCUCUUAAAGGUGAAGAUACGCAAGACAUCACCUGGUGAGUUCGAGGAUGAGGUUAGGCAUUUGGAGGAAGCGACUGGUUCAGUUGCGGUAGGACAAAUCGGGCGGACGGUGAUAUUGUAUCGGCCUAGUCCCACGAAAAUGAAAGCCGACGCGAAGAAGAAGGAAGUCGAGAGACUGUCGAUUAGUAGAAAACAGAAGUUCCAAAACGCUAGACCGACUAGACCCUUUAGAAGAGAGUAUUCAGAGAGACCUGAUAACCGCGGACGUAGAGGCGGAAGUAGAGUUGCAACAACAUGA